CCCCACCGAAGAAGAAGGUGUAUCGUCAUACGGUCUAUGUAUGUUGUUGUACUUUGUUAAAAAUGUAGCAAUCGCUGUUGAUAAUUAACUACCAAAUACAAGAUGUGGCAGCCAGAUCCUUUCCAUAAUGAGUUGGUAUCUAUUAUGGAUGAAUUAAUGAUGUCGUUUGAGGAUGAAAUUGACAAAUGUAUGUCGGUCUCAGUCUUUUCUACACAACACAGCACAGGCAUUGUCGAUGCAGGAAAGACAGGGGAGUCCAAGUUGGAGGUAAAAGUCCAGUUGAAAUGUGUGAUGAAACAGUACGUGACAAAGACUAUUAUCAAAAUCAACCACUUGAUCUCCAAAGGUACUGCAGCUCUGUGUUCAAAGAUAGGCCAGAGUCAAAGUGAGGUUAAAUCUCUGAAAAUUAAGCUAUUGGAGAUGACUGACGGUAAGGAGAUAUCUGAAAAGACAGUGGGAAGAACCCCACAGACAGUGGAAGAGGAGGAAUGGACAGGAUUACCAUAUUCACCGGAGUUUGCAGAGGAUUUGGAGGUUGACGUGCCAACUCCCAUUGAUGAGGCUGACAAGACUACAAAUUGCAAGGAGACCACGAUCAGAGUUAAAACCAUAGAGAUGAAACAAUGCUUUAUAUCUCUGGCAAAAUUACCUUCCUCACUCACUAAUUCUAACAAACAGGGGCCAAAUACAGCCAAACAAGCAGAAAGCAGGCCUACAGACAUUCAGGCCUUAAGUACAGAUGCACAAAGUCUCACUGGGGAUUCUGUGCUAUCCACUAUACCCAGGAGGGAAAAGAAGAGAACAGAAGCACCCAUGGUGGCACAAUCAGACGGAAGUAAGGAGAACGCAGAUGAUGACCAAUGGGAGGAGGAGAAUGCUAAUGCCAGACAAACCUCGAGUGACGAAUCUCUACACAACAGAAAGCCAAGGCCAAACAGGAAACAAAAUAAGACUACCAACACCAGGAAAGAGUACCUCUGUCCGGACUGCGGUAAGGUUUUUAAGAAAUUAUGUAAUUUUAAACAGCAUCAACGGACUCACACAGGAGAGAGACCUUAUUGUUGUGAAUUAUGUGGGAAAUGUUUCCCGACUGCUUGGAAGCUCAGAAAUCACCAAUUAGUGGUCCACAGGAGAGAGAAGCCGCUUGAAUGCCCAUCAUGUGGAAAGUGCUUUGCAACAAAGAGUUAUUUGGACAAACAUGCAAGCGUUCAUUCAACAGAGAAACCGUUCCGAUGCCUCGUGUGUCAGAAGUGUUUUAAAAGUAAAAAUGGCCUCAAGGAACAUACAAUGUUGCACAAUUCAAAUUCAAACUCAUAUGCUUGUGACAAAUGUCCAAAAACCUUCGUAAAGUUGAAAUACCUCAAGAAUCACCAGCUAACUCACAGCGGAGGAGGAGCUCACCGUUGUGAAUUGUGUGGAAAAGGUUUCAAGUCUCCUUCCGAACUGAAACAGCACCAAGCAUCAGUCCAUAGGGGAGAGAAGCCAUUCCAAUGUCCAACAUGUGGGAAGUGCUUCGGAAAAAAAGAAAAUUUGAAAAUUCACGCAAGUGUUCAUUCAGAAGAGAGAGCAUUCCAGUGCUCUCAGUGUCGGAUGUGUUUCAAAACCAAGUAUACGCUUAGCGACCAUAAGAAGACUCACACGGACUCCAAGCCGUAUGCUUGCGGCAAAUGCCCAAUGACCUUCAUUCGGUCAAGGUACCUUAAGAUGCAUCAAGCCUCGCACCUGACCAGCAAGCCGUUAGCGUGCAGCUACUGUGGGAAAGGCUUCAAAGGUGAACGUGAGCGCAAGAGACACGAACGCACACACACCGAAGAACCCCCUUAUACCUGUGACGAAUGUGGCAAGGGUUUCUAUAAACACGAAUCAUUAAAAGUCCAUGUAGCCUUGCACACCGGAGAGAAGCCGUUCGCCUGUGAUUACUGCGGUAAAACCUUUGCUCUGGCGUCCUACCUUAAAACCCAUGUAGCAAAAUUUCACUCUGUGACUGAACUCCAUGUCUGUGGGAAAUGUGGCAAAAAAUAUAAGGAUAUCAUACAUUUCAGAAGCCAUAUGAUUCAGGGUUGUUGAGAGGAGGCUGCGGCAUUGGUUUGUUUGACUUAAAACAAUUUCUCUUUCUAAUAUUGGAGGGAAUCUAAUAACCCUUCCUGAACGAAGCCCCUGGGAGGACGCAGGUUAGAGGCACAAUCUGUAGCUUUCAUUCUGACAAUGCUUUGACAUUCAUUGUUAUUUUGGAAUUGUGAAUAAAAGUUGUAAUAUGUUCUUGUUACA